CUGUUUCCACCGGACGUGUCUGUGAGAGUCAGGAGAGCAGCGGCACACACCGUACUGUCCUGGGUUUCCAAGCAAGGGGAAAGACGGUUCGGCCCCGCGACAUGAAAGCCUGCCAUGUCCUGGCCCAGUCACGUGCCUGCCCAGCCUCUCAUGUGCUGAGCCUUAGUUCUCUAAUUUAUUCACUUUGACAACCUCUUGGUUGUACACCACUUUGCUCACAACUUGCCUGUCUGAUUCAAAGUGAACACGAGUGCCUUAAUCCUCUAAUGGGAAUUAAUUGCUUGUUUCAGUGCUUAACUCUGAUCUUUCUUCAUCCCCACAGGGACAGGCUGCUUCCUGAAGGACCUGUGUGUGUCACUCAAAACACAAUCCGGAAAGGCCCGGCCCCACCGAUGGCCCACGUCUUCGUGUACGGCACGCUGAAGCGAGGCCAGCCGAACCACCAAGUCAUGCUGGACGGGGCGCACGGCUGGGCGGCCUUCCGGGGCCGGGGCUGCACGGCCGAGCCCUACCCCUUGGUGAUCGCCGGCGAGCACAACAUCCCCAGGCUGCUCCAGCUGCCGGGCCGGGGCCGCUGCGUGCAGGGCGAGAUCUACCAGGUGGACGAGGAGAUGCUGCGCUUCCUGGACGACUUCGAGGGCUGCCCCGACAUGUACCAGCGCACCCCGGUGCGGGUGCGGGUGCUCGAGUGGGAGGGCGGCGCGGGGCCCGGGGACAGCGUGCAGUGCUUCGUGUACAGCACGGCCACGUACGCGCCCGAGUGGGUCCACCUCCCUUACCUCGACAGCUACGACUCCGAGGGCGCCCACGGGCUGCGCUACAAUCCCCGGGAAAACCGCUGAGCCGGGCCAGCGGCCAAGGCCCGGGAGGCC